GAGAUCAGCCAUCAACAGCAUUCAGUUAGGGCGUGACUAGCAUUACUCUAACCAUAAUGAAGUGUUUCGCAGUACUGUUACUAUUCAGCCUGCUGGCCACUAUCGCUGCUGCUCCAGUUGCAGAACCAGAGAAAGAGCAAACGACUGCAGCACCCAAAGCUGACGAUGACAGUCAGAAGGAGUCGGUGGAAACGCCGAACGUGAAAACAGACGACAGUCCCAGGGAUAAGCCGGACAUGAGCCAGGUCGACUUCAUGCAGCAAGUGAUUACGAGUGUGAUGAAGCAAGUGGCCGAUGGUUUUAAGGAUAGGUUGAAAGUGCUUCCUUUCGUUUUGUAAAACGCACCAGCUUUCGGAUACCACGAGUCACGAGUGGAUCACAAAUAUACAACCCCGCAUCAGCGAAUUAAUACAGUUGACAGUGGAGUUUGUUGUUUGAUUUCUUUAUAAUUUAAACGCCCCGCCCAGGGACAGAUGUUGAUGUACAUACGAAACUAGACACAAAACAUAGUUGCGUGCGCGCGAUUGAUGAUACACAUUUAUAUCGAAUGUUCAAC